GCCCCCUUAACUCUGAAGCGCAUCCACCCUCACUCCGAUCCCUACCGAGACCGUUCAUCUCCUCAUCGCGCUCCGAGUUGGACGUCCCAAUGGCUCUUUACACAUGCAACCACUGAUGUUGACUUUCUUCAUCGCCCUCUGGGCCGGGCGUGCCUUCGGGGCGACGUGCGAUACGGCUGCGCCGAUGGCUCUCCCCAUCACAGACGUAAUCGUCGACCCCAGUAUUCCCGGCUCAUUCAUGAGAGGUGUUCCCGCGAAGAUCGGCACACCUCCCCAAGACAUUGUUGUGAUGCCGUGGCCUGACCUGAACAAUACGUACAUCUACGACGAAGAGGCAUUCUGCGACAAGACCGUCAUUUUCAGCGAUACAAUCUGCGCAGUUCGGCGGGGAGGUCUCUUUCAGGAUGCCGAGUCCACAAGCUUCUCAAAGUCAUCAGACCUCAUCGCUGCAGGGGGCGCCGCCCGAGAGUUGGGAAAUGUCCGCGGGGCGGAGCUCGGUGUGGCAAAGCUAUUGUCAACCAGCGUUGGGGGUACAGAGCGUUUCGCCAUCGCCCCAGCAAACACGACGACCAUGCCCAUCGGCAUCCCGCGCAUGCGAUGGGACCACGGCUACACCAUCCUCCACGCCCUUGGCCUCGGGGCCAACUCGACAUAUCUCAACUCCCUAGUACAGGCUGGCCAGAUCCCAUCUCGGGUAUGGUCUAUCUUCUGGGGCCGCAUGUGGACCGACAACGAGUCCACCAAUCUGGACGGGUCACUGGUGCUGGGCGGGUACGAUCAGGAGAAGGUGAUCGGCAAGAACGUGACGCAGCGGCUCGACUACAGCGAAGAGACCGGCUGCUGGACGGGCAUGAAGGUGACUGUGUCCAACUUGCUGGUCAACUUCCGCAACGGCACCGACUUCUCCGUCAUGCCGCGCGAUUCGGCCGUGCAGUGCUGCAUCGUGCCGCAACGCCAGCUCUUGUGGGAGGGCCCGUCCGAUAUGGUCGGGACGUUCAUCAGUGCCACGCAGAUGAACAACACGGGCCUGUCGUUCGGGAUGCAUUGGGGCGCGCAGCAGUUCGACGCGUCGGAUCCAAGACUCUUCGACGGUGACGCCACGUUCGUCCUCUCCAACGGCCUCUCGGUGCGGGUCCCCAACUCGCAGCUCAUGACCCCCUUCGUCGCCGUCGACCGCAACGGCUCGCGCAUUGUCGACCGCUCCAAGCGGGAACUGCUCUUCAGCGGCGUCGGCGACAACCCCACCACUUUGGGUCGCUACUUCUUCACCGCCGCCUACCUCAUGGUCGACCACGACGCCGAGACCUUCACCAUGUGGCAGGCCAACCCGUCGUCCAGGACCAACCUCGUCCCCGUGGUCAGCAAGGCGGGUGACGAAGGGGGUUGUGAGGAGGGGGGUGGAGCAAAUGGCGACGGCGGCAGUGCAGGGGGUAAUGGAGCGGAGGGCGGCCAAGGGGGUGGGGGUGAUGGGGGAGGGGGGGGCGCGAAUGCGAGCACGGAUGAGGCGACGGCGUCUUCCGUUAACGCCGGCGCGAUUGCCGGUGGGGUGGUCGGGGGCGUUGCUGCGUUGGCCGCGCUCGCAGUCCUUGUGUUCUUUUUGUUGCGGAGGAGAAAAAGACAGGACUCGGCGAACCCACCGCCACUGCCGGAGAUGGCUUCUCCUGCGGGGGGCUACACGGGAGGCGCAGACGGGGUGUAUUACUACAAAACAAACCGGUCUGGUUUACAGGAAGCCCCAGGGGCCGAACUUUCGCCGGGAGAACUGCACGGCGUGUCUGCAUCUAGUUACGGCGGGGCGACCUGGGCGAUAACGGCGAACGGGAUGCCGCCAGAGUCGAGGGUAACGUACGAGAUGGAUGGCGGCGGGGUGCCGCGGGAUUACACAAGCCAGGGGUACCCGAGGUUUCACUCGGACUGACGUUGAGCACUGGUUAUAUGGGCGGGUAGGGCUUGAGCUAGUUUGGUAGGUUUGGACGGGGUUCAGAUCAAGUCCGUAUGGAGGGCGCAUGACAACAGGAGCCCGCAUUUCGGAUAAAGAAAAUGUACGUCCGUUCACUGGACCUUGUCGGGGGGACUUCUCCCAAAACUCGACAGCAUUAUACCCAACAUAACUCCAUAACCGCAUGCUUUUGACAGGAAUAUGCCAAUAUGCAUCGUAGCGUUUCCACAUUCACUCCUGAGAUGGAACAAUACAGAAGCAUCCCCU